GUUUAAUCCAGCCGAAACGGCGAGUAGUUCUCGUUCCCCUGAGGCCUGAUCACCACCCUCUCUCCUCCCCUUUCCCUGACCCCGCGACCGCGCCGCGCGAGGCGAACUCGCCACUCCGAUCUCUCUCUCCGGCGACGCCGCCGCCGCCGCACAGGGUUUUGCUCUCUCUCGCGCGGAAUGGAGAGCGGCGGGGUCGACGGCGAGAGGCCCCUGCUGCGCGAGGCGGGGGAUUUGGGUGGCGAGGACGGCGGCGCAGGCGGAGUCCCCGAGGAGGGGGAUGCGAAGGGCGAUGUGAUGGCGGCGGCGGCGGCGCAGGGGGGCGAUGGCGAUGAGGGUGUGGAGGCGGUAGAUGGGGACGGGAGUAACGAGGAGGAGGAGGUUGUGCAGACGCCCGAUGUGAAGCAGACGCCCGGCGCCGCGGCCGCGGCGGCCUGGCGGGAGGCGGCGUGGGAGGAGGCUGACGGCGAGGAGUUCGUGGAUGUCUUGGAAGGGGACGUGGAUGAGAAGCGUGAGGAUGGAUCGGCCUUGGAGAAUGGGGAGGAUUUGUUGGCCUCCCGUUCUCUCGCUGUCGAGGGUGACGAAGAAGGGUAUGGUUCUUGUGCUGAUAUUGGUAUAGAAGAAGACGCUGAGGGUGAUGCGAGUCGGGAGCGCUUGGAGGAGGAAGCCAUGACGGAAUCAAUCAGGGAGUAUGUGACAGAAGCUGUUUUGGCUGACCAUAUCCAGGAGCAACCGGACAAAUCGAAGAGUGAAUCUGAACAUGUGAAGGUUGCUCAGCACAAGUCGCAGAUUGCGAAGAGCAGGGAAGAGGGACCCAAACAAUCUGGAGGCGAACCGUCCGUUGUUGUCGAGGAAUUGAAUGGAUCAAGCUCGUCUGAUGAUGAGAGUAAAGCUACCUCCGCUCCUCCUGCACGAUCCAUUAGUGGUGCUGCAGGUCGUUCUAAUGGCCCCUCUUUGCCAUCUCGUCCUGCUGGGCUUGGAGCAUCGACUUCCUUGUCGCAGCCCUCAGCUCGACCUGUUCAGCAGACCCGCGCUAAUGGUCCAGUCGCUGUGGACAGAGAAACUCGGCAGGAUGUUGAAUCUCCUGAGGAUGGAGACGAAAAUGAUGAAAUCCGUGAGAAACUCCAGAUGAUCCGGGUUAAGUUUCUGCGUCUUGCUAACAGGUUUGGGCAAACACCUAAUAAUAUGGUGGUUUCUCAGGUUCUUUACCGACUUGGGCUGGCAGAACAGCUUAGAAGAAAUACAGGCCAGGGUGUUUUUAGUUUUGACCGGGCACAAGAUAUGGCAGAACGUCUUGAAGCUGCUGGAAACGAGCCCCUUGAUUUUUCUUGCACCAUCUUGGUUCUUGGUAAAACUGGGGUUGGCAAGAGUGCUACCAUCAAUUCUAUUUUUGAUGAUGUCCGGUUGGAAACAAAUGCUUUUGAUACCAGCACUAGAAAGGUUCAAGAAGUAGUUGGUGCAGUUGAGGGAAUCAAAGUAAAAGUUAUCGAUACUCCUGGCCUGUCAUGCUCAUCUUCAGACCAGCACCACAACCAGAAGAUUCUCAAUUCUGUCAAGCGACUUAUCAGCAGAAACCCUCCUGAUAUUGUUCUUUAUUUUGAUAGACUGGAUAUGCAGACCAGGGACUAUGGUGAUGUGCCUCUUCUGCAAACCAUUACAAGAGUCUUUGGAGCAUCAAUCUGGUUCAAUGCCAUAGUUGUGCUAACUCAUGCUGCAUCUGCACCACCUGAUGGUCUGAAUGGAAUUCCCCUGAGCUAUGAGAUGUUUGUAACCCAAAGGUCUCAUGUAGUCCAGCAAGCUAUAAGGCAAGCCGCUGGUGAUGUCCGUCUUAUGAAUCCAGUGUCCCUGGUUGAAAACCACUCAGCGUGCAGGACCAAUAGGGCAGGCCAGAGGGUGUUGCCAAAUGGGCAUGUCUGGAAACCACAGUUGCUAUUGCUUUGUUUUGCCUCAAAGGUUUUAGCAGAGGCCAACGCGCUUCUCAAGCUGCAGGACAAUCCUGCUGGUAAACCUCGUAUGAGGAUUCCUCCACUUCCUUUCCUAUUGUCUUCGCUUCUUCAGUCUCGAGCCCCACUGAAGUUACCAGAGGAGCAGUUUGGUGAUGAUGAUGAUAUUGAAGACGAUUUGGCUGAUGAUUCGGAUUCAGAUGAUGGUUCAGACUAUGAUGACUUGCCUCCUUUUAAACGCCUCACAAAAGCUCAGCUUGCAAAGCUAAACCAUGCUCAGAGGAAGGCAUAUCUUGAGGAGCUGGAUUACAGAGAGAAGUUAUUCUACAAAAAACAGCUAAAGGAGGAAAGGAUGCGCCGUAAAAUAAUGAAGAAAAUGGCAGCAGAGGCCAGUGCAAGAACAGAUGACUUCAGUAACAGCAAUCUUGAAGAUGAUGGCAGUGCUCCAACAAAUGUUGCAGUGCCUAUGCCCGACAUGGUAUUGCCCUCAUCGUUUGAUUCUGACCAUCCUAGCCAUCGCUAUCGUUUCCUGGACACACCAAGUGAAUGGCUUGUCAGGCCAGUGCUGGAGACCCAGGGAUGGGAUCAUGAUGUUGGUUAUGAAGGUCUAAAUGUUGAAAGGUUGUUUGCUGUGAAAGGUAAAGUUCCUUUAUCAGUGUCUGGUCAACUUUCAAAAGACAAGAAGGAUUGCUCCCUCCAAAUGGAGGUCGCAAGUUCACUUAAGCACGGUGAGGGGAAAACCACUUCACUGGGGCUUGAUUUGCAGUCUGUUGGCAAGGACAUGGCAUACACUCUUCGUGGCGAGUCGAGGUUUAAAAACUUCAGGCGCAAUAACACGGCUGCUGGGAUAUCCGCCACACUCCUUGGAGAUUCUGUAUCCGCUGGUGUGAAGGUUGAAGACAAGCUUGUUGUGAACAAGCAGCUCAGGGUUCUGGUUAGUGGAGGCGCUAUGAGCGGGAGGGGAGAUGUGGCUUACGGAGGGCGGCUUGAAGCAACAUUGAAAGACAAAGAUUACCCAAUUGGCCGCAUGCUUUCUACCAUAGCGCUCUCUGUUGUUGAUUGGCAUGGGGAUCUUGCUGUUGGCUGCAACAUCCAGUCUCAGAUUCCUGCUGGAAGAGCUAGCAAUUUGAUUGGUCAUGCGAAUCUAAGCAACAAGGGAACUGGUCAAGUUGGCAUUCGCCUCAACAGCUCGGAGCAUCUUGAGAUCGCCCUUAUUGCCCUCGUGCCAAUAUACCAAAACAUCAAGAAGUUAUUGCAGAGUUAAUCCGUAUCAACCAGUAUUUAUGUAAGCGAGAAAAGGCAGCAAGAUAAAUCCAUUAGAGUUAAUGCAAGCAUAAAUUAGAACUAGAGUUAAUGCAAGCAUAAAUUAGAACUAUCUAUUUAUUUUCUUCUUCCCUUACCUACACGUAAUAGUGUUUUCUUCCAAGUUUUUUUUUUUUUGAUGAAGUUGGAUUUGCAGAACACAUCCUUUUCAGGAUUUUUGUUGUUAUCCUUGUACUCUCAAUAGCUGAUAAGAAAAAAAAAUGCACUGCUGUUUUGAAGGCUGCAACCGCCGAGUAUCAGAUCGUUUUGCUAUAUUUGUUAA